AUGAAACUCUCCACUCUCGGCUCAGCCCUUGUGGGCCUGACUGCUGGUGUGGUUCACGCGUCGGCCGUUUCGACUGCUGCGACUGUGGAAUAUACGACUGUCACUGGGUAUUUCCUUCAGGAUGAGGAUGCGACGGAUGCGAGUACUUUUGAUUAUACAGCAGUAAACUUCGGUCUGAUCAAUCAGACCUAUCCCGCCGAUUCAAAGCUCAAGAACGCGGCCUCCUUGUCUCAAUGGGAGCGUUUCUACCAUCAGGUCCUCAAGCUCAACCAGGAAGCCGGUGAUAAGGUCGAGUACAAGGUCCUCUUCCUCGGCAGACAUGGCGAGGGAUGGCACAAUGCCGCUCAAACAUACUAUGGAACCCCAGCAUGGAACUGCUACUGGGCCGAACUAGACGGCAACAGCACAGCCAGCUGGGCCGAUGCAACCCUAACAGAAAACGGCAUCGACCAAGCCCUCGUAGCCCACAACUUCUGGGCCUCCCAAAUCAAAACCCAGAACAUCCACACCCCAGACGUAUACUACGUCUCCCCGCUCACACGCACCCUCCAAACAGCAAACUACACCUUCAAUAACCUCGCCCUGCCAAAAGGAGCAACUCCCUUCAAGCCCACCAUCAAAGAACUCUUCCGCGAAGGAAUCAGCAUCCACACCUGCGACCACCGCCGCAGCGCCACCUACAUCAAGUCGCUCUUCCCCUCGUGGCCCCUCGAGUCCGGCUUCGUCGAGGAAGACCCGUACUGGAACGGCGUGGAGGGCGAGACGAGCGGUGCGCAGGAUGUGCGCAGCACCAUUGCCCUCAACGAGGUGUUCUUCGGCACCAAGGGCAAGGUGCAGCACGAGCAGCCGUUUGUGUCGGUCACAUCGCACUCUGGUGAGAUUUCCUCCAUCCUUCGUGUUGUGGGCCAUCGCACGUUCAGCUUGAAUACCGGUGCUGUUAUUCCGGUUCUGGUUAAGGCGGAGAAGAUUGGGAAGGGCGCUAUUGCUGCUCCUACCACUACUGUUGCCUGGGAGGUUAGUCCCCAUUGUACCGAGCCGCCGGUUACUUCGGUUUCUGCUUGUGUUUGUCCUUCCAGUGCGGCUCCUGUAACUACCGCCCUUGCUACUGGGUUUUAG